AUGCCCCCGCGCCGACGGGCUCCUGCGGGGUCCCGAACAGACCUUCCACCGCUGAAGAUUGUUCGAAAGAUCAUCCUCCUGCAAACUGCCUACUAUGUCUCCGCCACAGCCUUGAUCCUGUUCACGACUUUAGUCUAUGGGACGGGGUUCUCGCUCGAUUUGGUUUUCAGCUGGGAUGCCUUAAGGGGGGACACAACAAUAGGGUGGAUGCUGGGGCUAGUAUGGAUGUUAAACAGUCUACUUGGCGUGAUCUUCCUACUGCUCCUCGUGUCCCGCUCAAAGCUCAUCCCCGACUUCGCCUUAACAAUCCACUUCCUCCAUCUCCUCGCGACAUCGUUCUACACCCGCUCAAUACCCCGCAACUUGCUCUGGUGGGGUCUUCAAUGCGCCAGCGCAGCUCUGAUGACCUUUCUGGGUAUCUGGGCCUGCCAGUGGCGGGAACUCAGACCUAUCACGUUUGGGAUAGCAGGCGGUAGGGGCACGGCGCAAUCGUCUUCUAGUGCAUCCCAACCACAGACUGACGAUGUUGAAAACGAACCGUUCUUGCCAUCACGCGGACGCGGCCGAGGGCGGCAUCUGGGUGAGGGGAGUGGCGAGUACGAACUGACGGAGAUGAAAGGUGAGCAGGCUGUAUAA